CGUUCGUCUCUCAGCGCAUGCGCAGCGCCGUUCUUUGUUGUCACGGUCCAAAUUUAUCCCGGAAUAAGGACAGCACGCAUGUGCCGUGAACCCGGAUGUAUCAAGACUUGAAUUAAGAACAAAAGCGACGGGUUGAAAAUAUAUAAGGAUUCUUGCUGAAUAUUAAGGAUUUAAAGCGUUCUUGUCGGGGUAAAGUACUUGUGUUCGGGUUAGAUGAUUGAUCAUCAUAAAUAACGUGUUAAACAACAACUAUUUCCAUGCAUUUGACUUCUGUUACGCAAACGUUCUGUCGUAUCCAUGCACGAACAUUGGUAGCAACCAUCUAACAUCAAAACUACAAGUUUAACACACAUCGUCUCCGCGAUGCACUUAAUUCAUGUCUACGGCAAAAAGUAUGAACGCGGCAGCAACUGGUCCGAACCAGAAGUGCUUGAACUUUUGCAAAUCUGGUCAGACGUGACUGUCCAAACCGAGCUGGUGACAUGUCUCCGGAACCAGCAUGUUUUCAACCGGAUCGCGAACACGCUUCGUCAAAAAGGGAUUAAUCGCACCGGCGACCAAUGCAGAGAGAAGAUCAAGAAGUUAAAGUUGGAAUACAAGCAAAAGACGCUGAGAUCCACGCGUUAUUAUGAACUUAUGGAGAGAGCGCAAAGUAACCGGUCCGCCGCAUCCUCUGGCACUUUUCCAGUAUGGGGCGGUCCCAUCACGAGCCAGGUGGUCGGGGUUCAAGAUGCUGCUGUCGGGUCAGAGGUCGCGGGCAACCCGCCCAGAGCGGGUGAGAUACUGGAGAUCAAGACGGAGGUCUUGAGCUCCGAUGAUGAAGCGGCGGGUCCGCCCGAGAUGCUGUACGAGUUUGGACCCGUGGACGAUGACGAUGAGGGUAAUGUUGACAACAAACAUGCGGGUCCGAACGCACAGGAACAGACGGAAUUGGACGGGGAGCAGGGAAGCACGCAUAUGGUGUGUUCCCCAUCAGAUUUUAGUGACCAAAAUAUGACUGGCUCCUCCGGUGCGGGUGUCUCCCCGGCAACUGCUCCCAUGGCAAUCAGAGAUGGAGAUAGCCAUGGCGACCAAGAAGGCAACAGAGCUUCCGAAUCGUUCCUUCAGAGGAAACGUCGCAGGGUGGGACGAGGCAGCGAUGGCAUGUUGACGAAUGCUCUGGCCGGGUAUCUGAGCUGGCAGCAGACAGCAGAAGAGCGUUUCCUCGCUCUGGAGGAGGCACGGUUGCGCCAGGAGGCGCGGGCUGAUGAGAGGAGGGAACAGCAGGAGGAGAGGAGAGCAAAGCAAGAGAGAGAACACGAGUUUCGUUUGAUGUCCAUGUUGACUAGAGUUUUGGGCUCAACGGAGACGAAGGAGGAUGACCAAAAGCCCACUACUAGUGUGGCGCCGGUCACCAACCCUUUAAUUUCACCCAGUUCCUUACAAACGUUGUUUCCUCAGGCGUCAUGCGACAGUGCCAAAGCAACAACCACACCCAGCAUCCUUUUGGGUGAUCAGACACCCCACUGCAGUCCAUACCUCUCCUGUCGUGGGAACAACAUGCGAAUGCAACAGGGAAUCUUGCAGGAAGGCUACGUCAAGUAUCACGUCAACAGACACGACGAGAACACAAACCCAAAUGGCAUCAUCAACAUGGGAACCAGUGAAAACAAGCUUAAUUUUGACCUCCUCCAGAAACGGCUGACGCAGCCCGAUAUGCUUCACAUUGAGCCGGCUUUCUUGCAAUAUUCCGACUGGAAAGGCCACAGCUUCCUAAGAGAGGAAGUUGCAAAGUUCCUAUCUGAUUAUAGCUGUUCUCCAAAUCCUCUGAAAGCUGAGAACGUUGUUGUUUUAAAUGGUUGCGGCUCUGCCUUCUCGGCUUUGGCAGCUGUGCUUUGCGACCCAGAAGAUUCCAUUCUCAUUGCCUCUCCGUUCUAUGGCGUUAUAAGGGAAGAUGUGGGAUUGUACAGUAGUGUCAAACUCCGACAUGUGCCGCUUGACAGUCAGUCCACAGGAAAUGAUGUCAGACCGUUCCAGCUAACUGUCGAGAAGCUUGAGAUUUCUCUCAAGGAGGCGAAGCAAGAGGGAUUAAAUGUCAAAGCUCUUAUUUUACUAAACCCCCACAAUCCACUUGGAGAACUGUAUUCAUCUGAUGAAAUGACCAGCUUUCUAAACUUUGCCAAAACGCAUCAGCUUCAUGUGAUUGUGGAUGAGAUUUACAUGCUCUCAGUGUUCAGCGAGACGGUCGCGUUUCGCAGCGUUCUCAGUUUCAACGGGUUGCCAGAUCCGCAAAGAACCCACGUUCUGUGGGGUGUUAGUAAGGAUUUCGCUAUGGCAGGGGUGCGAGUAGGUGUGGUCUACACGGAGAACAGAGAUGUUGUUCAGGCUUUGGAUCAGCUGGGAUGCUUCCAUGGAGUCCCUGGACCCACACAGUACCAGAUGGCCCAACUGCUCAGAGACAGAGACUGGCUGAAUAAAGAGUUUCUCCCCGAGAACAGACGUAGACUGAGAGAGGCUCACAGUUACCUGACAGAAGAGCUAAAGCAGUUGAGAAUUCCUUUCCUGAACAGAAAUGCAGGAUUCUUCAUCUGGGCUGAUCUCAGCAAGUAUCUGAGGGAGAGGACGUUUGAAGAGGAGCUGUCUCUAUGGAGGUGUUUCAUCAAGCACAAGGUUCUCCUCAGCUGUGGUCAGGCUUUCAACUGUGUAUCACCAGGAUGGUUCCGGAUCGUCUUCAGCGAUCAACGGCACAAACUCAAGCUAGGUAUCCAGAGGAUCAGAAAUGCACUGGAAGAACUUCAGGGUUCCACCUUAAUUGAGGAGAAAGGAUGCAAACAAGAUGACACAAGUGGGUCAGUGAGGAGGGAAGACACUAAAAACAUAAAUUACGACACGUCAGUCGAAUCCUCACGCACACAAAGCCAACAGCCAUUGGAAAUAAGCUGCAUAAAGACAGAGCCAGUCUCAUUGGCUGAUGAGGAGUUUGUAUUUCAUAACGGCCAAUCCGCUGACGUCUCAGAGAGUCUGGGCUCGCUGAUCGGUACUCUGCGCCAGCAGAUCCACGGGUCUGAUUGGCUGGAGAAAAACAAGCCUGAACUAGCAGCUGGAGAGGACCCAGGACGAUUGGAUGUUUUUAUAGAUCUGUUAAACAGAGCUAGGAAGUAGUGUGGUAUGAUAGUGUCACUAUGUGUUAUCCUUAAGUACAGGUAUGGUCCGUAUUUCCAAAAAAGACACUUGGGACCCCCACAAUUGUAAAUGGAAUGUGAAUUCAUAUGUGUUGAAUCACAACAGUUGUAUAUCAAAGUUUUGUUUUUUAUGAACGUUGUUUUUAAUAUUAUAAAUAAUUAUAUCUAAGCUGUCACAUUGAUUCAAGAGAGCUCCUUUUUUGCCUCAUGAUUCAAUUCUUUAAAUCCUUUUAAAGCUGUCGUAUCAAACAAUCAAAUUUUGCUUGUUAGAAAAAAUAUGAGUAUUGUGAAGAGUUCGUUUUGGUUUUGAUGGUUGAAAAAAUGAUUUGCCAAUUUCUGAAAUGUAUUCAUAUCGCUGAACUUUGUGCUGUUCCUCACGUAUAGAACUUGGCUGUAUGCUUAUCGUGCCGAAGAAUGGCGUUGUUACAAAGAAGUUUUUUUAUUUUUGUGUAUUUUGGUCUGAUCUAAACAUUUUCAGAGACGCAUUAAACGACAGAUCUGUCACAAAGUAAAAGUUUUAUUAAAACAAACUCAAAUGUCUGAGCGAUGUUACAUAAGUCUUAAAGGCACAGAGGCAUUUUUUUAUGCUAAAGAUCAAAAACAUGCUACUAUUUUUGCAACAAAAAAUAAAUCUUGAUCUAUGUUUUCAGUCAUGGGAUAAAAAGUGAACGCGGUUUAGAUAAAAAAAUGUGUUUUUUGACACUUUACAAGAAAAACUUGCCUUGUAUUCUGACACCCGGAUGGAUGUUAUCUUUACUUUUCAGUUUAGGGUCAUGACACAUUUGAUAAUUUUGUGGUUGUCGAGUGUUUAAGGGCUCCUUACUGAAUAAAUAAGUUAACUUGCAUU